AUGGCCUGUGAGCAGCAAUUACGCACUAGUCAUGGUGCUUCUCAGAUGCUGCCACGUGUAGUAGCCACAGAGAAGCAGUCACUGGUAGUUGUUAAGAAACUCCUAGCAAUUGCUGUAUCCAGCAUUACAUACCUGCGAGGUCUUUUCCCAGAAAAAGCUUAUGGGAGCAAAUACGUUGAGGAACAAAAAGUGAUGAUUCUUCGAGAAGAGCGAACUUGCCCUGGUGCUAGCCAGAUUGUUCAGUGGUUGCAAGGAUGCUUUGAUGCCCUACAGAAGAGAUAUCUACGUAUGGCUUUAUUAUCUAUUUACUCUGAUCCAGAAUUCCCAGAGAAGGUAACAGAGUGCUACCAGUUCAGAAUCCAGUACACUGAUAAGGGUCCUCAGCUGGAUUUUGAAGGCAAAAGCCAGAAGUGUGUGACUAAGAUGGAGUGCAGCGACAUAAAGAAAGCAAGUAUUCUGCUUGUGCGUAAACUGUACACACUAAUGCAGAACCUCGGCCCACUACCUGACAGCGUUUGUCUCAACAUGAAGCUCUCCUACUACGAUGAAGUGACUCCCCAAGACUACCACCCACCAGGCUUUAAGGAGGGUGACAGUGGCACACUGAUGUUUGAGAAAGAGCCAGUUAAUCUUACCAUGGGAGAAGUUGUUACACCUUUCCACACGCUCAAAGUGGAUGUCACCACUGAGAGAGAAAGACUUGAACAGAUAAAUGAAAAUGAGCCAGUAUGUGCCAGAGAUAGAUGGGCUUUGAAAAUGAAUGAAGAAAAAGUUGUGUCUGUGUCCAAAGUUCAGCAGGAGUUUGUAUCCAUAGAAAAUGUUGUUCAUGACAGCAGUAUUGAAAACUCAGGCAUGAGCAAAGACGAAAUGCUGGAAAAUUCACAGCUCAUCCAGGUAGACAGUCUUGUGAAGAAGACGGCUGCUCUCCAGGUGGCUACCAUGAAAACCAGGAGCGGGCGUGUAUGCAAGUCCUCAGUAGACAAAAGAUCAGAUGCGGUGGCCCCAUCCACAAACAAGAAAGCGAAACACGCUUCUCAGUUUGAGUUUCCACUUAGUCAAGAUCUUCAGCCUGCUGCCCCGAAGAGACGUAAAUUUAGUGUGCCGAGAGAAUCCCACUGAUGCUCUUCAAUAUAACUGAGUGUAAACAGGCAA